GCUGCGCUCCGGGCCGCGCUCGGUGCCGACGGCCGCCGGGAAGCGGGAGGCGAAGGGCAGCCCGGAGCCCGGGCCAACAUGGCUGAAGUCAGCAUCGACCAAUCCAAGCUGCCGGGAGUCAAGGAAGUGUGCCGAGAUUUUGCUGUCCUGGAGGACCACACCCUGGCCCACAGCCUGCAGGAACAAGAGAUUGAGCAUCAUUUGGCGUCGAAUGUUCAGCGGAACCGUUUGGUCCAGCAUGAUCUCCAGGUGGCUAAGCAGCUUCAAGAGGAAGAUCUGAAAGCUCAGGCUCAGCUGCAGAAGCGCUACAAAGACCUUGAACAACAAGACUGUGAAAUUGCUCAGGAGAUUCAGGAGAAACUGGCUAUUGAGGCCGAGAGACGACGCAUUCAGGAGAAGAAAGAUGAGGACAUAGCUCGACUCUUGCAAGAAAAAGAGUUACAGGAAGAGAAAAAGCGAAAAAAACACUUUUCAGAGUCCCCUGGAGCCAAUGCUUAUGGUGAUAGUUACUAUUAUGAAGAUGGAGGAAUGAAGCCCAGAGGGAUGAAGGAAGUGGUCUCUACUCCAUCACGAGUGACCAACAGGGAUCAGGAAUGGUAUGAUGCUGAAAUUGCCAGAAAACUGCAAGAAGAAGAAAUUUUGGCUACCCAGGUGGACAUGAGAGCAGCUCAGGUAGCUCAGGAUGAGGAAAUCGCUAGACUUCUAAUGGCUGAAGAAAAGAAAGCUUACAAGAAAGCCAGGGAACGGGAGAAAUCAUCUUUGGACAAAAGAAAGCAUGACCCCGAGUGGAAGCCCAAGACAGCUAAAUCAGCACACUCAAAGUCAAAAGAGAGUGAUGAACCUCACCAUUCUAAGAAUGACAGGCCAGCACGGCCACUACCACCUACCAUGACAGAGGCUGAGGAUUUGGAUUACCCUCAUUUUACAAACCAGCAUAAUUCCACACGUCAUUUCUCAAAGUCAGAUUCUUCUCAUAAAGGUUUCCAUUAUAAGCCGUAACAACCUAGGAACCUGCCUUGAAAACGGACUCACUGUAGCAAAAUUACUGGAUGAUACAGAAUGCAUUCCAUGCUUAUUUUUUUCUCCUAUAUUUUGUAUUCCUCAGAUUUAUCCUCAAGUGUUUUUUAGACCAUAAAUAAUUUUCAUUCAUUUAAAAUGUUUUGGUUAUUCCUGAUCACUUGGGCAGUACAAGAAAAUCUAGCUUCUGAAUAUUGGCCACCUUUAUGCUGCAUAUGCUUCCUGGGAUAUAGUAUCUAAGAGCGCUAUAAAAUGCCAUUUUCGUUAGGUAUGGAGUAUUGAUAUCUAGGGAAUAGGCUUUAUUUAGCAAUUAGAAUUUUGUGGAGAUAAUGAUCAAAGUAACGCAAUGUUUGGAUGCAAUGCAGAAUAAAAGAAUAUAAGAAAUA